GAUUCCCCCAGCUUCGUAGGUUAUAAGCGAGGACCAACGGAUGAGCCUCUGUUGUCUUUCGCAAUAACACACUGUUCCAACCGUUACCCAGUGUUAGCCGAGCCUUCCAUUCCUUCGCCGAUCGAGAUCGUUGUGCUUGGACCCCGUAUAAAGUCUAGGUCAUAAAGUGAAACAUCCGUCCAUAAACUGUUACGCCGUCCUGUCUUCCGUGUGUACAUAGUUUUACUGUGACCCUUGCUAUGGGAAGUCCCUGCACUCGCAAAUAUUCUCGUCUUGACAGUACAGAAAGCCAUACACCUCCUACUAGAAAGCGUACCGAACAACUUUUGAGUCCUACGCACCCUCUCUAUCGCACAAAACCUUGUCAUAACUUCGCUAUGGGUUACUGUCGUUACGGUGAUAACUGUGCCUACUUGCACAUGCCACCUACUCCACCCAGCCAGCCACAUUCGCCUCUGUCAAUGAACUACUUUCAUCCAGUGGCACCUUGUAUGAACGUGCCUUCACAUUCCUUCUCGGCCGAGCAAGCCAUUCUUCAUCAUCUACCGAACUUUCCGCCUUCACCAUGCCCUACAGUGACAGACGGUACCUCGGAAAUGUCAAGUUCCGUCGAAGAUUUGACUGCGAUGAUGCAACAAUACUCAAUCAACCCUAUUGUGCGGUCGGGUCAUGCAGAUGAAAUUCCUCUGCCUCCCGUGCCGCCCUGUACGCCGGCAACAUAUGACUACUACGUGCCAUCUCCGGGUGUCAGUACCAUUUCGACAAACACGUCACCCAGUCCUUCGGGUGAUCGAUCUCGUUCUCCUCGGCGGUCUCGGUCACGAUCUGUCACCUAUGGUAUCAGUUUAUUCAAGACAAAACCAUGUACUUUCUAUGCAACCAAAGGAAGGUGUCUGAAAGGCGACCGAUGCAACUUUAUUCAUGAAUCUCCAGAAAGAGAUGCAGAGAAGGCCUGCUCAUCAGAGGGAAAGUCUUCCCCCUCUCCGAAGUCGCGAUCAUCCCCAUCACGACCAUCGCCUAUCUCAGUCACUCCAUCUCGAGUUUCACGAGUAUCAACACCUACACCAGUACGAGAGAUAAAGGAAACUAAUAUUUCUCAAGAACGUGAAGGCAAUGAUGAUGAUGAGAAGAAGGACUUCCAUCCCAUAACCUGGCGUGUCAUUGGAGGUGGAGUCAAGAUGAGUGGACAUCGCGAGAUAUGCCAAGACUACAUCGCAGGACGCUGCAACGAUGGUGUAGACUGCAAGUAUGCACAUCCAGAGCACGACCUAUACGAAGAACCUAUCUGUCUAAGCCCGACAAGCUUCUUCCCGACCUCGGCACAUUCCGUUCGCCCGACACCAAUCAUAUGCCCUAUAAAUGCUCCUGGACCCUACUUCGAUGGUAUCUCACCAAUCUCACCAUACUAUUUCGACGGCCUCAGCACACCCACACUCACUGCCACACCUAGUACAGCUACUAGUUCUAGUUGGCCGAGUGUUUCCCCUCCUCAAUCUCCCCCAUCGGAAAGACGCAAACUCCCAAAGCGGAAAUCGCCGCUCAAGAGCGAGUUGAGCGUCGAUACCAGUGCUGCGAGGCCUGAUCAGUGUAAUUCUGAAUAUAGAGCCAACCGGGUCUUCGACGGACGUACUUUGAGGGAAAUCCAGUUGUUGGAAGAGGUUGAGAAUCUCGUAUGUGAAGAUGCUCAAUUCUUGGAGGAUGAUCCUGCAACGUGGUAUGCUAACAUGCAUGCGGAGGCCGAGAAGGCUGGGCUCGAGAGGCUUGAGCCUGAGGUCGAAGUUGAUGAGGGCGUAGAGGAGGAGAUGGAAGGUGGUUUGUUUUCUCCUCGGUCGAUCGUCAGGCCAAUGUCAACUCCCCCGACACCGGUAUCCGUGUCAAGCUCCAAGAAGAUCGCCCAACUCUUUAAUGCUGAAAUGCCUUAGACGCAUGAUGUACAUAUGUACACGCAUAUCCCUGCAAAUGCCCACCCAACACGCUCGCCAACGUUCCGUCAUCCCUUCGUCUUUCUCUCAGCUACUGUGAUAUCACAACACACAUGUUACCAUCCGCUUCACACCAUUCAGGCGUCGCUUUCUCCCCGUGGUCUUCAACCAUUCUUUCCGGGCUCGUCAUUCAUUCGUCUUUCAGGUCAUACCAAAACUAUAUAUGCCGUCGUUUUCGUUCUUCGUUUUCUCAUCAAGGACUUUCGCAUUCGUAUUCCUACCCUCAGAAGUCUUAUACUCUUCCAAUCAUGCUCUUCGUCUUCGCUCUUCCCGUCGACCCUCUCUUUCAUCUUUUCGGGUCAUCAUCCAUGUAUUCACAUACCUCCCCGUUGGGCUUCAUUGCUCACAAGUAUUCGCAGUCUAUCACUGUAUUCUAUGUCUCCCAUUGAGCCCUUUCACGGACUGUCUUUGUUUUCUUUACCUUUGUCGCAUAUCCGUAUGCGUUGGACACAAAAUUAGUACCUUCUUCUCUGUACUUAUGUACUUACAGCACUUAUGGAUGGUCAUGAACCAUCAAUAGACGUCUUCUCCCCAAUGUU